GUGGGGGAGGGGCGCCGCCGUGAGGGGCCGCGGAGCCGGUGGCGUUCACACAGUCGGGAGCCGCAGCCAUGUUCGGGGGUUUGGGGCGCUGCUUCGAAGAGGACCCCUUCUUCCGGGAUCCUUUUGCUGCACACCAUGAACAUAUGCGGCAGAUGAUGAGAAGCUUUUCUGAUCCUUUUGGACGAGAUCCAUUUCUCAGUAUAACAGAUGAUGGGGAGAGAACAGUAGAUCGAAGAGCACGCCAGGACUCUCAGGUUGCUCUAAGAGGAAAUCACAGAGAUGCAAAUUUUGGGGAACCUUUUUUUGCAAUGGACAGGAUGGUGUCAAAUAUGAGAAACAGUAUGCUGGAAAUGCAAAGAAAAUUUGAUGACCUGUCCAUCCAUCCAGAUGCACACCCAUUUAGCUCCUUCUCUGUGAUGACAUACUCCAAAGUAGGAAAUGAACCACCAAAAGUUUUCCAGGCUUUAUCUCAGACACACACAGCUCCAGGAGGUGUUAAGGAGACAAGAAAAGCACUUAAGGAUUCUGAAAGUGGGCUGCAAAAAAUGGCUAUUGGUCAUCACAUUAAUGAUCGUGCUCAUGUCAUUACAAAAUCUAAGAACAGCAAGACUGGUGAUGAAGAAAUGACCCAAGAAUUCAUCAACUUGGAUGAAAAUGAGGCCCAGACCUUUGAUGAAGAGUGGCAGAAUGAGAUUAUGAAGUUCAAGCCAUCUAGAACUAGAUGCACUUUAGAAGCUCCAAAAUACAGAAGUACUCAUCACGUACCUAAGGGAGAUGGAUUAAGAAGAGAGAAACCACGGGCAGUUGCGGGAUCCAGGGAGCCCCGAGAUUAUUUGGAGAAUCUCAGUGUGAAAGGAACAAAUGUCCCCAUCAGAAGCAGCAAAAAAUAAAUUGCUUCCAUUCUCCAUUUGAAUGGAGUUUCUUCAGAGAAGAUAAUGGUGCUGCAUUGCUUAUGUUUGUAUAAGUAUACAUAUAUAUAUGACCAAUCUCUGUUUUUUGUUUUAGUAAGUAUUAGCGUGCCUUACUACUCCGAUCUUCUGACAAUUGAAUGUUCUUUAAAACUUCAGAUCCUUGGUAAAACCAUCCAGUUUCAGUAAAUUAAAAACAACAAUUUUCCACUUAAAAGCACUUUAAUGGGUUAUAACUAAUUCUGUUUUAAAAAGAAAAAAAAAUGCUUUGAUUUAUAGAAUUUUUCUGCUACAUCUGUAACAGUCUCAGGCUUCUUAUUAAGCCUGCAACUAUUAAGUAAUGCAAGUAUCCCCCCCCCCCCCACUCUUAACUUACACAGAAAGAAAUUCUCUUUUUAUUUUGUGUGGCUGAAAUAAUUACUGAUUUUUUUUCUAGGUGAUAUAGCAAUUAAUAGCAAUUGGAAUGCACUAUAGCCACUAUAUCUACCUAUCUACGUAUCUAUCUUUAAAAUCAUACUGUAAUCUUUUAUGGAAUCCCCAGAUUUACGCUGCUUUAGCAUGAAGUGAAAUAGUAAAUUAGCAAACACUUAAAUUUUAUCAGUUUUAGUUUUAUCAGCAUUCUUAUGUUUAUAAGCUGUGCUUGCAUCUCUUCUGUGCCUAGACUGUUCGUUUUGUAUUUCUGAUUCUUUGUAUAUUUUUUUUGGAGGUGGCCCAUUAUUUUUAAUUCUUGAAGAUUCUCUGUAGUAGCUUUAAUUAUCCUGUAAUAAUACUGCUGUGGCCUAAAACACAGCUGUAACUACUAGUUAUUGACCAGAAAAAUAUGUGUGAGAAACUGGUUGAGCUGGCAGUAAGUUUAACUGGAUAAUGGAUUAUUACACUAUUUCUUCUCUCCUGAAAAGCUAAAAGAGCCCUGAAUACUGGAAACCAUUUCCCUUCAGCUGAGAUGAAACAUGUUUGUAUUCUUGUGUGUCCUGUUUUAGCAAAUGGAGGAUGAUUUUAAAUCUAACACUUCAUCUCAUGCUGGUAUUUUUUGGUUAAGGAGUCUAAUAUUCCAGAGAAAAGCCAACUGUGUGACUGAGGACAGGUCUUUGCAUCACAAAUGUUGAGUUCAUAUGCUGUUCUACCACACAUGCUGUAUCACAAAUAAUUUCUGUAGACUAUAACGUUAUAGCAUCAGCAUAUAUUUCAGGGCUAAAACAUUAUAGCCUUAAAAAGGCACUACUUGUAUGAUAAAAUAGGUUUUGUAAGUUAAUCUUUCUUUGGCCAAAAAGCAAAUGGCCUCUAAAUCAUACUUAAUCUUUCUUCAGAUUCUGUGGAUUAUUUAAUUCUAUGCUUAUUAAUGUGCAAAUAAUCAAAAAUACUUCUAUUGAACUCUGCUGAGGGCAAGACAGUUAUUUGCUUGUUUAAUGCAGUAGUCUCUUCCUAUUAUUAGAGCAAACACUAGUGACAAUAAAUCUAUGCUGUUGAACCACUCCACAUGCGGACAAGGUAAGAGGGUGGUAAGGAGAUAGUAGCUACUCCUGAUGGAAGGAUGAACUGGAACUGUGUAUAACGAAGUCGCACCUGCCAGAACACUGAAUCUUUCACUCUCCUUCAAAAGUAAGAGUACACCUCUAUGGCCUGAUCUUCUGUACACUGAAGACAACAUCGAUUUUUGCAAUUAAUGUCAUUGAGAAUGUAAGGCCAUGGAGGCAUUUUUCCAGGUAUGUAACUUAAACUUCCCAGUGAAAAACAGUCAAAACCUUGUUACUGUUGCAACUUCAGAAGAAAUCAUCAGCUUGGGAGCUGCUGCUAUUUAACAGAAAGAGUAUUCAUCUUGCAAGUUACUUUUCUUUCCUAUGCUUUACUGAGAGUAAAAAAAGCCAAACCUAUGCCACAUAUACAUAAUCAACAAAACAAGUACAUACCUCAGUUUUAAAAUUAUAGUGGAAGGAGGCUGAUACUCAUUACAGGUUACUUUGUUAUACAAGCCAGUCUUCUAAAAUAUAAUGCAAAAGAAGCUGUUCUAUAUAGAAACAUUGGAAACUGAAAUUCUUUAAUAAAAUUAUUUAUUUCUGGUUAUGGUUUUGUUUAUACCACA